UCGUCCUCGUGCAGUUGGCUGCCUGCUGCCUUCUCCGAUCGAGAUGGCCACCGCGAUGAGGUUCUUCGUGCUGAGGGGCGCCUGCGCCUCGCCCUCGCGGUGGUCCGGGGGCCUGCGGUGCUGGCGCCUGGCGAGCGUCGCCCUGUGCUGCGCGACGGCGCAGCAGUGCAACGACGCGCUCCGGUGGAACUGCGUCACGGCCGCCGCUAUGUUGAUGGUUGCUGCAGGAACAACCGUGGACAAAUCUAUCCUUGUGCCGUUCGUGGCUCUGCAAGCACCUUCUGGCGUCACCUUCUUCGUCAAGGAAGAUCAUGGUCGGUUGAUGUGGAUCGGUCUUCUUAUUGGUAUUAUGCGCUUUCUGUACAUCAUUACAGGCGAAUGGCGCCGUGCUAUAUCAACGACGUUCCUUGUUGCCAUCGCCAUGGUCCCUUCCCAAGUUAUGAAAUUGAGAGAGUCUCAAGGCCGUGCGGUACUGUCCUCGGCAAUAGCGGUUUAUCUCGCGUUUCAGCACUUCACCGGGGCCGGAAGCCUGAGGAAGGCCUUUGGCAGUGUGGCGGCCAUAUUUGCGACACUGUGCAUCGUAUGUAUGACAACUAUCAGCCUGAUGUUGGUGUUCUGAUCUAGAUAGAUCAAGUUUGCCAGGUCCUGCCUUUUGUUUUUGCUGCAACCGGAAGGGCUACCUCACAAUGCAGUCUGCAGAGAUGGGCCAAAAGUAACAAAACCUUUCUCUUUGGGCACAGGAUGUUAGAAAACAUUUUAAUGCAAGAUCCUGCCACUGAGGCAUUAAGUAAACAUGAGAUCUCCUUCUCUUAAUGAAAUAGUAUUCAGGCACGUUCGUGAAAGAAAAAACAGUAGACAUGAGAUCCUAUCAUUAACUGCUCUCAAGGUUUCCUUCCA